AAUGGGCCCUAUGUUGACUUUGUGUGUCAGUUUGUUCCGCAUCUAACGUCAUCUCUGUUCACAUAGGCAACAACACACACCGCUUGCGAUAUCGCUCAAACAAAGUUUCCACAGCCUCAAGCCCUACCCCGUCCGAUGGACGAAUGAGAAGCAAUCAGCCAUGCCACACAUCGAGCUACGACCGGACCAGAAGCUGCUGAAACCGAACUUCGACGGGUACAAGCUGUCCCUCGAACCGGUGCCGGUGCUCUCGACCGAGUUUUCGCCCACCAGUCACCCGCACCGUGUUAAAACGAACGACUGCUCCUACUACCAUGCCCGACUGUUUGGCAUGCAGAAUCACCUGGUGCGUGAUCCCUGGGCGCCGGGCCAGUGCUACUACCUCGAUUCGAUCGGGCUGCUGCAGCGAGUGUGCUAUGACAGUGCGCAGGGCCGGAUGCUGCCGAUCGCGGCCGUCUACAAGCUGCCAACGGUAUCAUCGAACGGAAGCAAUGGCGAGGAGGACGCCGCUGCGCGCUACAACUGUUCGCUGCUGUUCCCAUCCGAGCACCACUGCCUGCUGUCGGACGGAUGCGGUACCGUGCGCGUGCUGGAAACCGGAGACCGCACCACCGGUCGCGAAUGGAAAGCGCAAAGCACACUCCGACCGGUGGAGCAUAAUCUCGCGCAAGGCGUCCUACCCGGCGGUGGCGUCCUGCUCGAUGGGCGAUACGUCGCACGCGAUGGCAAACGCUUGCUGCACUUCCUGACGCUCCAGCUCGACGGGCAGCCGGAGGCAAAAUACAAAUGCCUGCUGCACUGGCAUACGCUCGAACAGCAGCAGUCGGGCCCGCCAGCCUGGACACUGUGUGCCUCCCGGACGCUGGCGAGCAACGGCUACCCGAGAUUUUGCGCGCUCGACUAUCAUGCGGCCGCCGUGCUGGUCGCUUCCGAUCAGCCCUACCGCUUCGUGUACGAUUCGGAGCGCCCGGUCGUGGGCCCGGAACCGAAGCCGACGGAAAGCGAAGCGGUGGAACCUCCCGCGGCCUGGGAGCAGUUUCCCUUCCGCUGGACGCAAACGCCGGACGAGGUGAACGUGACGUUCGACAAGCACAAGGACGUGCAGUACCGUGUGGUGUGCGAACCGUCGUCCGGCCCGAACGAACCCUCCCUGCUGCAGGUGUUCGCUAACGACACCGUCGUGGUCGAUGGCGCACAGCUGUUUGCUGCGAUCGACCACGACAGCACGACCUGGUCCAUGGAUCCGAAGCUGUUCGACAUCGCAAUGCGCAAGCAACAGCCCGGCGUAAUGUGGCCGUUCCUGUUCCCGGGCGCCCCGGACGAAGCCGUGCCGGAGGCAGGGGAUGCUAGCAGGCCACCGCCCGACGUAGAUUUACCGCCCGCCCCCAACCUAAGUGCACCGCUGGAGCCGUGCGAUUUCGAGAGCGGCCAGGACACUUACUACACGCUCGAGCGGCUGUCCGCGGCCGACCACACGGUCACGCACACCGCUUCGCUCGGCCACGGGCCGCCACUGUUCGCGGUGACGUUGCGUGCCGGGCUGCCGGCCACGUUCGCGACCCGCCACGACGUCGAUGCCUGCCUGUGGCAGCUGCAGCCGGUACCGCUCGGGGCGGAGGACUGCCGCCUGCAGCACGAGGGCACACUGCACGCGUUCGGGUACGUGCAGGCGUCGAAGCGCCAGCAGAAGUAUCUUGGCUGUGCGCCGGAUUUGGGGUACGGGGUGGUGUGCGAGUCCCACCGGGGUGUCUAUCUAUAUAAGGGGAGCUACGGUGCGAGCGGGGCCGGUUUGCGCAACCGCACCGGGGCGCAGGUGACGAUCGGGCAGCAUCAGUUCGUAAGCCUGAAGGACGUCGGGGAGGUUUUGGGCAUCGCCUGCGAGAACGACGUGCUGAUACUGCUAGCGGAGAAGGCAAUCUUGGCGUUGCAACUGACCGCGGAGUAAAGGGGGGGGGGGGUGUCUUCCAAAGCCUUGCUUUUUUUCUUUUGGCCUCAGAACGCUCAGAAACACGCUCAUGCGGAAAAAAAGCAUUAUUUUAUCAUCCUUCUAUAGCAUUUCUGUGCGUUCUUCCCGAUUGGUCUGUACAUUUCCAAAUCAGCUUACCUUACCCACUAUUUCUGCAAUGGAAAAUUUAAAGAUUUUAUUUUAAAAAGCCUGUGACUGUAAUUUUGUUAAGGUAAAUAAACAAACACAAUGAAACCACACAGGUCAGUACGACUCCUUUAAAGCAGAUAGGGAUAAGGUAGAAGAUGAUUUGCCAUGUUGAAAUAAUAAAUUAAAUUGCAUUUCCUUGUGAAUUCCCGCUUUGUUCACUGUGGAAAGUCAGUCAGCGGGGAAUCACACGGAAAUGCAUUAAAUUCAUUAUUUCAAUAUGUUUUACAAUCUAGAUGGAUCUAGUAAUUGAAUAUACAUUCUUUUCAUGUACGGUAAGCCAUAUUCUGAUUAUUGUUAAACGAAACAUAGCAGAAAAUCCUAAAAUUUCACAUACAAGUUCACUGCAACUGUAAUCCGAGCUUUAGGUAUCAUUAAACGGAGUAAUCUCGACUCCGGAGGUCAAGUCAUUUAUACAGAUCUCAAAGCUGCUUUCGACCUCAUCUCACACGACAUUUUAAUCGUUAAAUUGCAGAAGUUAGGGUUUUCGGAACAAAUAGUCAAGUGGUUGCAUUCCUACCUCACAGAACGCUCAUACAAGAUCAAGGUAAACGAUCAUACAUCUAGAGAGAUGCUUGGCACCUCAGGGGUGCCUCAAGGCAGCAAAUUUGAGCCCGCAGCUUCAUUCUUCGCGCCAUUAACCUAUUUAGCAUAUGGUGCCGUGAUAAUGCAAUGGUGCUAUGUAUCGAAAAAUGUCGUGUCUUGUCUUUUUACCAUUCUCGGUCCUGCACACGAUUCAACUACCAGAUUGAUAACAUAUCCGCUGAACGCACCGAUACAUUCCGCGAUCUUGGGAUCAUUCUCGACACACGUUUAACAUUUAACGAUCAUCUAGAGAAUAUAGUGUCCAAAGGGAACCAACUACUGGGUUGGAUUAUUCGAUCAACGCAAGGUUUCCGUAAUCCUAUGACCAUCAAAACAAUCUACUGUGCCUACGUUCGAUCAGUGUUAGAAUAUGGUAGUAUUGUUGGCGACCCCUGCACCGAACAAUGGAGAAAUCGAAUCGAUCGCCAUCCAAAGAAAAGCGACUAGAUAUG